AAUUUUUUAAUUACGAAAUAUUUUUUUCCAAUUUCUCCCUCUAGCUUUACAAAAAUGUCCGGUUACCCGCACAAUGUUCCCGGCUACGGUUACGGCCAGCCACCGUCAUCUCAGCCGUACUCCUCUGCCCCAUACGGUGCUCCACCGCCGUCUUCAGCUUCACCCUACGGUGCUCCACCACCACCGUCUUCAGCUUCACCCUACGGUGCUCCACCACCGCAUUCAUCAUCACCCUACGGUGCUCCACCUCCGCAAAGUCACUCCCCUUACGAUCCCGUUCCUUCACCAUACGGCGCCGGAGCACCGCCUUACGGUGAUCCGCAUAAACCCCCAAAAGAGAAUAAACCACAGUCUUCCUCACCGUACGGUGGGUCAGGUUACCCUGCCCCACCUCCUUCAGCUCCUUACGGUGAUCCGAACAAACCACCGAAGGAUAAUCACUCACAACCGUCUGCUCCUUAUGGUGGAUACCACGCGCCACCUCCCUCCGGGCCUUAUGGGGCUAGUAGCCCUUUUGCGUCUCUUGUGCCCUCUGCCUUUCCACCGGGAACCGAUCCGAAUGUUAUGGCAUGUUUCCAGCUUGCUGAUCAGGAUGGGAGUGGGUUAAUCGAUGAUAAGGAGCUGCAGAAGGCGCUUUCUUCCUAUAAUCAGAGCUUCAGCUUGAGGACUGUUCAUCUCCUUAUGUAUCUCUUCACCAAUACCAACACUAGAAAAAUCGGUCCCAAAGAAUUCAUUUCAGUGUUUUACAGUCUUCAAGAAUGGAGGGGAAUUUUCGAGAGAUUUGACAGGGAUAGAAGUGGAAGAAUUGAUUCAUCUGAAUUGAGGGACGCGUUGCAUAGCCUGGGAUAUGCUGUAUCACCUUCUAUCCUGGAUUUGCUGGUCUCCAAAUUUGACAAAACUGGUGGAAAGAAUAGGGCCAUUGAAUAUGAUAACUUCAUCGAGUGCUGCCUCACUGUUAAAGGGCUAACUGAGAAAUUUAAGGAGAAGGAUACUUCAUAUUCUGGCUCGGCUACGUUCACUUAUGAGUCCUUCAUGCUAACCGUUUUGCCUUUCCUGAUCGCUUAGACGAGGCAUGUGAAUUUUACAAUUACGGGUGGUCUUACUAUGACUUUCCAGCUUUGAUUUCAUUUGUUUUCAGGAGAGAUAUGUUUGCUACUGUUGGUUUUUGUAAUACAAUCUUUAGGCUGAAGUUAAAUCACUUCUUGUAGAAGUUGGUGUGUUUUGCAGCAGUUAAUGGGAUAUUAUCAAACUAAA